AGGCCCCACUAGUGGUCCCGUAUCCAUUGACUUUACCAUAAACCUGAAUUGUAUUAAGACACGCUGCUGUGCUUCUCUGGUGGAACUUCAGCCUGUAGCUCCUUCUCACUUCUUGCUGUGAGUUCUUGCUUUUAACAUACACCCAGAUUGCUUUGUGAAAUUAACCUCAUCUCCGUUCUCCUGUAAGUUGGCACAAACGAGAAACCAGUCUGAAAUGGCGUUGAGCACCUCAUCUAUUCCUCCAGCUUCUUUAUGGAAAUAUGAUGUCUUUCUGAGUUUUAGAGGUGAAACACGCAAGAACUUUACGGCCCAUUUAUAUAAAGAACUUCUGGAUCAAGGAAUUACAGAGACAUUCUUGGAUGACACAGAACUUCAAGUAGGAAAACCAAUUUCUGAACUCUUCUCAGCAAUUGCACAGUCAAGAUUUGCCAUCAUUGUGAUCUCUCAAGAUUAUGCUUCUUCAACCUGGUGCCUAAAUGAACUUUUAAAGAUUCUUGAAUGCAUGAAAGCCAGAGGGACAAUUUUACCAAUUUUCUAUUCUGUGGAACCUGCCGAUGUUGGAAAGCAAUUAGGAAGUUUUGUACAAACCUUCACUAAACUUGAAGAAAGGUUUAAGGAUAACAUCAACAAGGUGAAGAGGUGGAGAGAUGCUUUAGGGACAGUGUCUAAAAUCAAAGGGUGGACUACAAAGGAUAGAUAUGAACCAGAGCUCAUCAAAGAAAUUGUUGACAAGGUGCGUACCUUAGUACAUCCUACAUGGUCGGCGCCUGAAGAAAAGCUGGUUGGAAUUGAUUCAACAUUGGAGCAUCUACAUAGGCUUCUAGAUACAGAGUCAGAUGAUGUACGUUUUAUAGGGAUAUGGGGGUUGAGUGGGAUAGGUAAGACAACUAUUGCUGAGAGAACUUGUGCGAGGAUUCUUCAUAAAUUUGAAGGCAGCUGCUUUCUUGACAGAGUUAGAGAUAAGGUUUCUCAAACAGAUGGUCUAAAAAAUCUAAAAAGAGAGCUCCAAAAUAUGCAUCGUAACAGGGAAAUAUUAUUGAAAAUGUUUUGUGGUCCACUAUAUGAACCAGAGCUCAUCAAAGAAAUUGUUGACAAGGUGCGUACCUUAGUACAUCCUACAUGGUCGGCGCCUGAAGAAAAGCUGGUUGGAAUUGAUUCAACAUUGGAGCAUCUACAUAGGCUUCUAGAUACAGAGUCAGAUGAUGUACGUUUUAUAGGGAUAUGGGGGUUGAGUGGGAUAGGUAAGACAACUAUUGCUGAGAGAACUUGUGCGAGGAUUCUUCAUAAAUUUGAAGGCAGCUGCUUUCUUGACAGAGUUAGAGAUAAGGUUUCUCAAACAGAUGGUCUAAAAAAUCUAAAAAGAGAACUUUGCAAGAGCCUUAUGAACAGAAAUAUAGAAGACUGGGCCUUUGAUAUACAAGGCACAAUCAAAAGGCUCUUAUCUCACAAAAAAGUUCUUCUUGUUCUUGAUGAUGUGGAUGAUAAUAGUCAAUUAGAAGAGUUAUGUGGGAACCAAGAUGGGUUUGCUCCAGGGAGCAGAGUCAUUAUUACAGCAAGAAAUGAACAAUUGUUAAGAAGACAUGAUGUGAACAAAACAAUUGAGCUGCAGAAGUUAAAUGACCAAGACGCUCUUCAACUUUUUAGCUUGAAAGCCUUUGGAAGAGAUUAUCCAGAUAAGGGCUAUGUAGCUCUGUCUAAAUGUUUUGUGAGUUAUGCCAAUGGCCUCCCGUUAGCUCUUAAACUCUGGGGAUCAUCUUUGCAUAAAGCAGAUCAAGAUGAAUGGAGAAGUAAAUUGGGUAAACUGAGAGAUAAUUUUGAUGGAAAAAUUCUGGAGAGGCUUAAAAUAAGUUUUGAUGAAUUAGAUGAAGAGGAGAAAAGUAUUUUCCUUGAUAUCGCAUGCUUCUUUACGGGAAAGUACAAAGAUGAAGUGGUUGAAAGACUACACGGCUUUCGUUCCCGCGUAGACAACACUAUAAAAGUUCUUAUCAGGUGGUCUAUGUUAAUAGUUUCAGAUAAUAUGGUGUGGAUGCAUAAUUUGUUACAAGAAAUGGGUAGAGCAAUUGUUCGUGAAGAGUCAAAAGAACCUGGUGAACGUAGCAGGUUGUGGCUUUCAAAGGACAUUUUUUAUGUUUUGAGAAAUAAUACGGGGACAUCAGCAGUUGAAGGCAUUGUCUUAGACCAUCGUGAAUCAGAAGUGUGUGAAUGCCAUCCCGAAGCCUUUUCAAAGAUGUUUAAUCUUAAAUUUCUCAAACUUCAUAAUGUGUACCUUCAUAAAGGCCUCGCAUGUCUCCCUAACUCCUUACAAUUUCUUGAAUGGAAAGGUUAUCCUUUAGAUUCUCUCCCCUUAGGUUUCAAACCGGAUAAGCUUGUUGAACUCAGCAUGUGUCAUAGUAGGAUUGAACAGCUUUGGAGUGGAAUAAAGGAUUUUGACAAGUUGAAAGUCAUCAAACUUAGUCAUUCAAAAAGUUUGACUAGCACCCCCGAUUUCAAAGAGGUCCAAAAUCUUGAGAGACUAGAUCUUGAGGGAUGUGAAAGUCUAGUUGUGAUCCACUCAUCCAUACGAGUUCUCAAAAAGCUUCUUUUCUUGAAUCUUAAAGACUGCAAAAGUCUUGAUAGUUUGCCAGGUGAGAUUGCAAUGGAAUGCCUGGAAAUUCUUAUCCUUUCUGGUUGCUCAAAUGUUAAAAGGAUUCCUGAAUUUGUUGGAUAUAUGGAGAAUUUGUGGAAGAUUUCUUUAGAUGGGACAGCUAUUGCAGAUAUACCAUCAUCAAUUGAAGGUCUGACUAAACUUUCUGUUCUUGAUAUUAGAGAUUGUGUAAAUCUGACUCGUCUUCCAAACACCAUUGGCAAAUUGAAGUACCUUAAAAGUCUUAAUGCUUCUGGAUGCACACAACUUGCAGAACUGCCUGCAAGCUUUGAGGAACUAGUGUCUUUGGAAAAGCUUGAUUUAAGUGGAACUGCCGUAGAAAAAUGGCCCUUUUCCGUUGUCCAUUUGAAAAAUCUAGAAUCAUUUCUUUUCCGUGGACCAAAAGGGCGAUCACCACAGCCAUGGCAUGUGUUGCUCCCUUUUAGAUGGCCAUUGAUGAGUCGUCAACCUAUGACUGAGUUCUUGCCUCGUUUGUCAGGGUUAUGUUCUUUAAGGGAGUUAGAUCUACGUGAUCACAAUCUUCGGGAUGGAACAAUCCUCGCUGAUAUUGGUUGCUUAUCUUCUUUGGUAUCAUUGAACUUGAGUGGAAAUGAUUUUGUUAGCCUUCCUGAAAGCAUUAGCCAGCUUUCUCAGCUUGAGAACUUAUAUUUGAGUGGUUGCCGGAGUCUUGAACACCUUCCAUUCCUUUCAUCAACUAAAAGUUUACAAGUGACUGCCGAUGGAUGCACUUCAUUGGAAAGGCUCCAACAUCCAUUGAAUUUGGAUACAUUAAAUUCUUCAUGUUUCAAUUUGAUGAAUUGCUUUGGAUUGGUUGAGAAAGAAAGCCACGACCAUAAAACAUUCACUAUGCUCCAAAAAUACCUUCAGAGAAUCUCGUAUCCACGAGAUAGGUUUGAAAUUGUAAUUCCUGGAAGUAAUAUUCCUUGGUGGUUCAGUCAUCAAAGAGUGGGAUCUUCAGUAAGAAUACAGGUAACUCCGAAUUGGUGUAGUAACAAGUGGAUGGGAUAUGCUCUUUGCGCUGUUUUUCAAGUUUUCAGCAGUGGAUGGGAGGUCUCUUGUAUUUUGCAAGUCAAUGGAAAAAGAAAGUACCCUGCGCCUGCAUUAUCAACUGAUGUCCAGCCCGUUUCGGAUCAUCUUUGGCUAUUCUAUGUGACUCGUGACACAAGCUUUGGUACCGAAUGGCAAAAGAGUUGUGAUCAGUUAACAUUUUCAUUUGAAAGCUCAGGCCCCAGCUUGGUCAAGAGUUGCGGUGCCCGUUUGAUUUACGAACGAGAUGUGAAAGAGUUCAACGAAGUAUUGACACAAUCCAGCAGCAACAUCUCUACUUAAAAACACAAUGAGGGGAAAGGACACAGUGGAACUCAUAGUUUUGAUGAAGAAUUAUAGUUCAAAUUCACCUUUGCCGCACCAAUUAUCUAAUUCCCUCCCUAAUGUCAUAAGAAGCCCAAAGAUAUUUCAAGCCCAA